AUGGUCAAGGUGAUUUCACCGCUUCGGCUGCAGAAGUCUGUCCAACGCCAGCUGAACCUCCAACGGAAUAAACCGUUGAAGCCCAACGUGUACCGUAUCAUUGACUGGCUCCGAGUGCAUAGCGCCGGGUACCACUUGUAUGCCCUGGUAGAAAACGAGAAGACUUCGGCACCGCCUGCGACGGCAGCCGCAGCACCAUCGCAGCCGUCCAAACCUGGACGAUCGGAAGGCAGCGUUGGCGGAAGUAGUGGACCUCCCCGGCCCCCCGAGCAAGACAGCGCGAUGUACGAGCGCAAGAAGGCGACCUGCCUCAAGUGCGGCAGCGAGAACCACAAGGUGGCAAACUGCCCUAAGUUGCGUUCAUGGCGAAUCCGUGCGCCUGCUCAAGGAGCAAAUGGACAUGUGGGAGAGCGCGCACAAUAA